AUGCAGAGCUUCGCCAUCCUCUCCGCGCUCGUCUCCGUCGCCACUGCGCGCACCUUCACCGUCACCAACAACUGCGCCUUCACCAUUUGGCCGGGCUUGUUUACCGACCUCAACGCGGGCACCGUCGUCCCGGACCAGGCGACGGGAUGGGAGCAGGCCGCCGGCGCGACCGUGACCUUCACCGUCCCCGACGGGUGGACGGCGGGCCGCAUCUGGGGCCGUACGAACUGCGACUUCAGCACCAACCCCGGCCCGACGUCUUGCGAGACCGGUGGCUGCAAUGGCGGCCUUGAGUGCGAUCGUAGCUCUGGAACGGGUGUGCCACCCGCGUCGGUCGCGGAGUGGACGCUCAACGCGGCGAACGACCAGGACUGGUACGAUGUCUCGCUUGUCGAUGGCUUUAACCUUCCCAUGGCCAUCACCUUGUCGGCUUCCGACUGCCACACCGCGAGCUGCCCUGCCGACCUGAACCCCAACUGCCCGGCAGAGCUUCAGCAGCUUGGGGCCGACGGCUCUGUUGUUGGCUGCAAGUCCGCUUGCUACGCUAACCUCGAUGGGAACCAGGCCGACUCCGCCAACUGCUGCAGCGGCUCGCACAACACGGCUGACACCUGCCCGCCCGACGGUGUUCAGUACUACGACUACUUCAAGGACUCUUGCGAGGACUCCUACGUCUAUGCUUAUGACGAGUCCUCUGGCACCGCUCUCUGGACUUGCCCGGAUACCAACGCGGCUGACUACACUCUCACCUUCUGUCCAUGA